AUCUCUCUCUCUCUCCCCUUACAAAGAACCCCUUUUCUCUCUCUAUAGAUUCCGGUUUCUCUCUCUCUCCGUAUAUAUAUAUGUAUACAUCUUUCUUUCUCAGAGUCUCUUGCUAUUGAUAAUAAUCAAAGUAAGAUCUGAGAGAGAGGUAAAGGGUACGAUCGAAGAUGGGUUCAAUUCCUCCGGAACUCAAAUCAAAUCAUAUUCCCAAAACAAUCAGCUCCUUUCUCGAAGAACUGACAACGAUCGGUAGCAUUUCAGAUAGAUUGUUGAGGCUUGACGAUUUUGUGAAGAGAUUAGAAGAAGAAAUGACGAAGAUCGACGCCUUCAAACGCGAGCUUCCUCUUUGCAUGCUUCUUCUCAAUGAUGCGAUUGUAACUUUGAAGGCGGAAUCAAUGCAGUUUAGGACAAGAAAUAUUGAACCAGUACUUGAAGAAUUCAUACCAUUGAAGAACAAUUGUGAUGAUCAAGAUGAAAAAAUGGAACCGAAGAAGGAAAAGGACAGCAGAGAUAAGAUGAAUUGGAUGAGCUCUGUGCAGCUCUGGAGCACCGAUGAUAAUAACAGAAAUAUGGAUUCAAACUAUGAUUUGAAACAGAAUUCAAAGGAAGCUGAGAAAAAGUGUUGUGAUGGUAAAAACAGCACUGGGUUGAGGUCAUUUAUGCCAUUUAAGGGUUGCUCUUUUUUUCCGGCAAUGGAGACGAGGAAGGAGGAGGAGGCUGAAUCACCGGCCGCUGGGCUUUCCCUUCUGAUGCCUGGAAUUAAGAAUCCAAGAGAAGAAGUUGGUUCUAUUGGUUUGAAUUGUAGAACAAGUUGUAGCAGAAAAGUUUCCACUUCUGCCCCUAACGGUCAAUCAAAUUUACGCGGUGGACCACAGCCGCCGCACCAGCAGACUGGCCGGAAACAGAGACGAUGCUGGUCGCCGGACUUGCAUCGGAGGUUUGUCGGUGCCUUGCAACAACUUGGGGGUUCACAAGUGGCCACUCCUAAGCAGAUUAGAGAACUCAUGCAGGUCGAUGGACUCACCAACGAUGAAGUGAAGAGUCAUUUGCAAAAAUACCGACUUCAUACAAGGCGAUUUCCGGGUACAACAACCAGUCCUGCAAAUCAAUCUCCGGUCAUUUUGGGAGAUUUAUGGACGUCCCAAGAUCAGUAUGACGAAUCAUCAAAGCAAAGUAGUUCACAAUCUGAAUCUCCUCAAGGUCCUCUUCAGUUAGGUGGGACAAGUGGAGGGACUUCCACUACAGGCGGGGAUAGCAUGGAGGAAGAAGGUGAUGAGCGAUCAGAGAACUAUAGCUGGAGAAGUCGAGUUCACAAAUCUGCUAAAGAAGAUGGAUAGAUCAUGAAAUUUUGCAGAUAAUAAUGAAAAUAAUACAGCAUACAUAAAGAAGGAGAGGCAAUAGAGAGGCUGUGAAAUUUUGCAGGAUUAGUUUCCCUAUCCUUCUGUUGUUUAUUUGUUUUGGGAUAAAGAACAUGGAGAGGAGCGUUCCAUAUGUUUCGGCAGAAAAUGUUUUUCAUAUAGUGUAAUGUUUGAUAUGAUAGAAAGAAAGUUAACGAAAAACAUUUUCUAUGAUUAACGGAAAAUAACCAAUUUAACUGAGCUAUAGCAACCUUAUGUUGUUAUAAA